CGUCACCGGCGCCGCCGGAAGUCGUCUGCAUUCUGUUUCCGUUCGCUUCGUUUUCACAGUAAAAUAACAAACCCGCGCUGAUAUAAUGGUCGCACCUUUUUAAAAACGAUUUGGUUGUGUUUACCACACAGACGUAUCAUGCUGUAGAUGAAUUCGGGUUGUUUUAUGAAGAAGUAAUCUUGAUAAUAAUGGAUAUUUCAACACCGCCAGAAGAUCAAGAGCUUCGAAAUGUCAUCGACAAACUCGCCCAGUUUGUCGCUCGAAAUGGACCGGAGUUUGAGAAGAUGACCAUGGACAAGCAGAAGGACAACCCCAAGUUUUCGUUCUUGUUCGGAGGAGAAUAUUUCGGCUACUACAAAUUUAAACUGGCCAUCGAACAGCAGCAACAUUCUACUUCUCAUGAUGAUGAAUAUAACAUGGAAGUGAUCUGUAAACCUCUGGGUAAAGAGGCCAGCGAUGCUCCAGCGGCGAUGACCAUGCUGCCCCAUCCACCCAUCCCACCAUCCACCCCGUCCAUCCCGUCCAUGGAGGACCUCAUCCAGCAGAGUCAAUGGAACCUACAGCAGCAAGAGCAACACCUGCUCAGCCUCAGACAGGAGCAGGUGACGGCUGCGAUCUCUUUGGCGAUGGAGCAGCAGACGCAGAAGCUGUUGUUGGAAACUCAGCUGGACAUGAAUGAGUUCGACAACCUGCUUCAACCCAUCAUCGACACCUGCACGAAAGACGCCAUAUCGGGUGGGAAGAACUGGAUGUUUAAUAAUGCUAAAACCCCUCAGCACUGUGAACUAAUGGCGUCUCACCUCAGAAACCGCAUCACGGCUGACGGCGCCCACUUUGAGCUCCGCCUACAUCUCAUCUAUCUGACCAAUGACGUCCUUCAUCACUGUCAAAGGAAAAGCCAGAGGGAUCUUUUGGCGGCUCUACAGAAGGUCGUGGUUCCCAUUUACUGUACCAGUUUCCUGUCGGUCGAGGAGGACAAACAGCAGAAAAUCACACGGUUGCUGCUCUUGUGGGAGAAGAACGGCUACUUCGACGACGUCACCAUUCAGCAGCUCCAAAGUCCUGCUUUGGGUCUCGGACAGUAUCAGGCGUCGCUCAUCACAGAAUACGCGGCGGUCGUGCAACCCAUCCAGUUGGCGUUCCAACAGCAGAUCCAGGCCUUGAAGACCCAGCACGAGGAGUUUGUGGCCACUCUGAAACAGCAGCAGACCGUGGCGGUCACAGCCGCUGCUGUCGCAGUCGGGCAGCUAGCACCUGCUGAUGCUGAGAUGAAGCCUCAAGCGUCCAUGACUGCUCAAUCCGCUUUGGCAUCCGGAGAUUUGAAGCCCCCAAUGGCCGGUCCUCCUCCUGGCGAAUAUGACCCUCCGGCAGACUCGAGCCCUUCAGCUGCAUCUGACGUUCAAUCCAGUAAACCCGGGUGGUUCGAUCCACCGCACAGUAUGCCGCCGUGGAAUCCACAGCAGCCCCCGCCAUUUGACCCCGCUCAAGUCCCGCCCCCAUGUCCACCUUGGAACAGCCACGAGGGUAUGUGGAACGAGCAGAGGGACUCCAGCUGGAGCGGCCCACGGGACGGUGGCCCCGGCGGGCCCUGGAGCGGACAGAACGAGCCCCCGCCAUCAUGGAGCGGGCAGUACGAUCAGCCGCCGUGGAACAACCAGGAUCAGCCGCCACCGUGGGGUCAAAGGGAACCUCCGUUCCGCAUGCAGCGUCCGCCUCAUUUCCGCGGGCCGUUCCCGCCCCACCAGCAGCCUCUGCCUUUUAAUCAGCCACCCCCUCCUCAUAACUUCGGCCGCUAUCCGCCUCACUUCAUGCAGGACGAGUUUCCUCCGCACCAUCACUUCGAACGACCUCCGUAUCCGCCGCACCAAUUCGACUACCCACAGGGAGAGUUUCCAGGAGACCUAGGUCCACCGCCCCAUCACCAUCCCAACCAGAGGAUUCCUCCUCCUGGAAUGUCCGAACCUCCUCCAUGGGGCGGCAGCCAGCAUCCAGACUUCGGACCCCCUCCGCAUGGGUUUAACGGACAGGCUCCUCACAUUAGACGCCAGAACCCAGCUCACAUCAGUCAGGACGACCCCAGUUUGGUCCCAAACGUCCCCUACUUCGACCUUCCCGCAGGGCUCAUGGCACCACUCGUCAAGCUUGAAGAUCAUGAUUAUAAGCCUUUGGACCCCAAAGACAUUCGUCUGCCACCCCCAAUGCCUCCAAGUGACCGCCUGCUGGCCGCGGUAGAGGCUUUCUACAGUCCACCUUCUCACGACAGACCCAGAAACAGUGAGGGUUGGGAACAAAAUGGGCUGUACGAGUUCUUCCGAGCCAAGAUGAGAGCAAGGCGGAAGAAGGAUCACGAUAAACGCAACAGCACUCGAGGGAGUCGCUCUCACAGUCGGUCGCGCAGCCGAGGACGAUCUUCAUCAGGCUCCAGCUCCAGGUCUUCUAAAUCCUCUCGCUCCAGAUCCCGCUCCAGGUCUCGCUCCCGUUCACGCUCCUACUCCAGAUCUCGCUCCAGAAGCAGGAGCCGCUCAAGAUCCAGGUCCCGAAGUCGCUCUCGCUCCAGAUCGCGCUCUAGAUCGCACUCACCAGAAAAAAAGCGUCACGCCACAAAAUCUCGCAGUCCUACACCACCAUCCACCUCUGGGUUGGGUUCAACCCCAGCAGUGUUACCUCCUGAUCUCAGGCUCGGAGAGGAAAACAAAGGCCAUCAGAUGCUCAUGAAGAUGGGUUGGAGCGGUUCGGGAGGUCUUGGAGCAAACGAGCAAGGUAUUCAAGACCCCAUUAAAGGUGGAGACAUUCGGGACAAGUGGGACCAGUACAAAGGCGUGGGAGUCCAGCUGGACGACCCUUAUGUGAACUACAGACGAAACAAAAGCUACAAUUUUGUCGCGAGAAUGAAAGCGCGAGAGAAAGUAACCAGAGAUCCUCAAGAGCCCGCCGGCACAGAGUGAUGGUCACAAGUCAAACGUGUUUUUACUGUAGAUGUCAUAAAGCUGUUUUUCACAUCUGUUUAAAUGUUUUAUCUUACCCUGAGUUUGUUUUUGUAGUAACGUUAUAAAACAUCAUUGCAUCACUGAUGAAAAAUAUUUCGUUCCACCAGUUGGAAUUUGUUUAAUUUGCCUAAACUCUGUAUAAGACAAAAUAAAGUUGUUUUAAUGGGA